GCCUACAAUAGUCGACUCGGGACCGAACCCUCGACCAACAGUGCACUGUCACGCGGCCGGGCGUCUCGAUGCUGGCCUCCGCGCUCGCCGUCGAGCUCAUGGUGUCUGUACUGCAGCACCCGAUGCGUGGCGAAGCGCCGGCACUGAUAGUGAGCGGGAGGGGCGACGAGUAUACCGACGCCGUGGACGAGGACACAGAGACGGCGUUAGGUCUUGUGCCGCAUCAGAUCCGGGGCUUUCUGUCCCGUUUCCAGCAGUUGAUGAUCACAAGUGAACGGUUCACCCAAUGCAGCGCCUGUUCCCGAGCCAUCAUCAACGCCUACGACGACAAUGGGUUCGAGUUUCUAUUGCAGGCGUUCAACGAUAGCCAAUACGUCGAGCGGUUGACCGGUUUGACUGAAUUACAUAAUGAGACACAAUUGCACGACAUAUGGGUUCUCAGCGACGACUCCGAUGACGGCGGCGACGGUGGCGAGCAGUGACCGCCGUCACCCGUACCGCACCAUUGGGCUCGUUGUGGCCCUGUCUGUGACCACCCAAUGGUGGCCAUCUAUAGGCCGCACAACCACUCUCACGGAACCGCUAAUUAUGUAAUUAAUUAUUAAUUAUAUGUCAAGUAAUCCAUAGGAAUGUAAUUAAAAUACACG